AACUUUUACGUUAAACUGGCUACUUCCAAGAAUUCUACCCCCCAUACGAUACAAAAAGAAGAGAAUCGCUUUAGAACCCGCUUUAUUUUCUUUUCCAUUAUCGUUGCUGUCAUUGCAUAUUUUUUAUCUCGUUAUCAAAUUUUUAAAAUGGCUGAUACGAGUAAACGUCAAGUUUUGCCUACUAAUGUUAGACCAACUCAUUACGACUUGACUUUGACUCCGGACCUUCAAUCCUUCACCUUUAAAGGAACUGAGAUUAUCAAUCUCAAUAUAAAUCAACAUACAAAAACUAUAAUUCUUAACGCGAAUGAAAUUCAAGUUAACCAAAAUGCUGUAGAAAUUUCUCAUGAUACUCAAAAGCAGACUGUCACUCUAACUUUUCCCGAGGAACUCCCUGCUGGUGCUAAAGCUGCUUUGCAUCUUGAAUUUACUGGGAUAUUAAACGAUAAAAUGAAUGGUUUUUAUCGAAGUUCUUAUAAAGACAGUGAUGGGAAUACUAAAUAUUUAGCUACGACUCAAUUUGAAGCAACUGAUGCACGACGUGCUUUUCCUUCAUGGGAUGAGCCUGCAAUUAAAGCAACAUUCGACAUCACUUUGAUUGUUCCAUCUGAAUUGACUGCUUUGAGUAAUAUGAACGUGAUCUCCGAGACUCCGCAUGAGGGUGGCAAAAAGUGUGUCAAAUUUGCAACAACGCCAAUUAUGAUUGGUGAUUUGGCUUAUGUUGAGGCUUCUACUACCGGCCAUCAUAAUGGUGGAAAACCUGUUUUGGUUCGUUCUUACGCGACAAGAGGUAGCGAACAUCUCGGUCAAUUUGCUUUGGACGUUGCUGUGGAGGUUCUGGAAUACUUUGCUGAAGUUUUUGGCAUUCCAUAUCCAUUGCCAAAGUGUGAUAUGGUUGCUAUUCCGGACUUUGAAGCUGCAUCCGAUGCCAAGUUCAAACAACGUAUUGCUUACACUGUUUCUCAUGAGUUAGCCCAUCAGUGGUUUGGUAAUCUCGUAACUAUGGAAUGGUGGGAUCACCUUUGGCUUAACGAAGGCUUUGCUACUUGGGUUGGAUACCUUGCUGUGGACAAGAUCUUUCCUGAUUGGGAUAUCUGGACUCAAUUUGUUACGGAAGGCUUUCAACGAGGACUUCAACUUGAUGCCUUAAGAUCCUCUCAUCCCAUUGAAGUUCCCAUUUUUGAUGCUAUAAGUUACUACAAAGGUGCUUCUGUUAUCCGCAUGUUGAGUAGUUACAUAGGAGUAGAUGUUUUCUUAUCCGGAGUUAGGCGAUAUUUGAAACGUUACGAGUAUAGUAAUGCUAGCACCGAUGAUUUAUGGAAAGCUUUAACCGAAGAAAGUGGAACCGAUGUCGGACAAUUCAUGACCGGGUGGACCAGGGUUGUUGGCUUACAUAUAUGCCAAUCUCGUUUCCUUUCAACUGGAAAACUCAAUCCUGAUGAAGAUACUACAUAUUGGUGGGUGCCACUGGGAAUAAGCCUUGGACCUCAUUUUAAAGAUGAAUUUGAAUCUAAAGUCCUUACUACAAAAGAAACUGAGUUAAGCUUGCCACAGGGUGCUGAUUUUUAUAAACUUAAUUCUCGUGUAACUGGUAUUUUCCGUGUAAAUUAUACACCUGAACGAUUGGCAAAAUUGGGUCAUGCUAUCAAGCAAGGUUUACUUGAUACUAGUGACCGUGUCGGAUUAGUUGCUGAUGCUGGUGCUUUGGCGGUAAGCGGCUAUGCAAAAACGAGCGGUUUGCUAAAUCUCAUUAAUGAAUUCGAUAAAGAAGAUAAAUAUAUUGUAUGGCUGGAGAUUAAUUCUCGUAUAACGGAUCUCUUAAGCGUGUGGUUUGAACAACCUGAGCCUGUAUACCAAGGACUUCUAGCCUUUCAACGUCAUUUAGUUUCAAAACUAGUCGCUAAACUAGGUUGGGAAUAUCCCGAAAAUGAGGACUAUUUAAUCACUAUGUUGAGAACUUUAGUAAUUAAAAUUGCUGGAAGAUCUAAAGAUCCUGAGGUUAUUAAGGAAUCAUUCCGUAGAUUUGAAUUGUUUACAAAAAAAAAAGACAAAUCUGCCUUACAUCCUAAUAUUCGUGGUGCAGUCUACGAAAUUGUUCUUUGUAAUGGUGGUGGUGUAAAUGAAUUUGAAGCAAUUUUGAAAAUCUAUCGCGAAGCCGAUACUGUAGACCAAAAACUUGUCGCUUUAACUGGUCUUGGAUACGCUCAACAAGAAGAUUUGAUUAAACGUGCUUUAAACUUUUCCCUAUCAGAGGAAGUUAAGAACCAGGACGUUAUUUAUGCAGUCUCUAGGGCACUGUGGGAUUUUGUUAAAGAAAAUUGGGAAACUUUCCAUGAUCGAUAUUCAAAAUCUCUUAGCUUAUUGGCAGCUAUAGUUAAAUAUGGUACCGAUUCUUUUUCAACUGACGCGGAUCUCAAAGAUGUUGAAAACUUCUUUUCUAACAAGGAUACUAAAGACUUUUUAAGACCUUUACAACAAAGUCUAGAAAACAUUCGUGUUAAUACUGCUUGGUUAACACGUGAUAAAGAGGAUGUUGAAAAUUGGUUGAGAACUAAUGGGUAUUUGCAAUGA